AUGGCCUCCUCCCAGACACAACCAAAACCUCCAAAGCUCGACGUUGACGCGUAUCUUGCGACUGCGCUCUCUAGCACUCCGUCGGAGCUGCACCCAUAUUUCCAGGCUUUCCAGGAUCUGCAUUCGCGCAAGCUAUGGCAUCAAUUGACGAACAAGCUCGCCGAGUUUAUUGACCAUCCACUCGCGCAGCCUUACCGCACGGAUGUAUUCCGCCAAUUCGUGCGUGACUUUGAGGAGCGGUUGAACCCAUUGCGUCUAGUCGAGAUGGGUGCAAAAGUCGCAGAGGAUAUCGACAACCCCGCGCAGCAUCUAUCCUUCUUGACCGACCUCCUCGCACGUGUACCAGCCGACAAAGCCCCAGAGGCCCAUGUAUUGCUGCUCUCCACUCUCGCCCACGCCAAACUCUCUUUCGGCGCGCCGGACGACUGUCGGUCCGACUUAUCCGCAGCUCAGACUGUACUUGACUCCCUGCCCUCGGCCGCGCCGAGCGUGAGCGCAACUUACUACCGCGUCGCGGCGGACUACCACAAGGCGCGCGCGGAGUACGCUCCGUACUACAGGAAUAGUUUGUUGUUCCUUGCUUGUGUGGAUGUGAAUGAGAUGGGCGAGGAGGAGAGGGUUGGGAGAGCGCACGAUCUUGGAAUCUCGGCAUUGCUUGGGGAUACGAUAUACAACUUCGGUGAACUGCUUUUACACCCGAUUCUCGACGCGCUGGAUAAUACGCCGCACGAUUGGAUCAAGAAGCUGCUGUUCACCUUUAACGAGGGCAACAUCGGCAAGUUCGAGGCUCUCGCGCCGGUCUUCCCGAAGGAGCCCAUCCUGCAGGAGAACUUUGCAUUCCUCCGCCAGAAGAUCUGCCUUAUGGCGCUUAUCGAGAGUGUUUUCCGCCGACCCUCAUCGCAGCGCGUCUUGACGUUCGCUACCAUCGCCGAGGAGACGAGGCUCGCGCUGGACGACGUCGAGCAUCUCCUGAUGAAAGCACUCGCGUUGAAGCUCAUCCGAGGAGAGAUCGACCAGGUGGACUCGAUCGCGCGGAUCAGCUGGGUACAGCCCAGAGUGCUCUCCCGCGAGCAGAUCGGCAUGUUGGCGAAGAGGCUGGGCGAGUGGGGCUCCCGGUUAAGGAACGUCGAACAGAGGGUGGCACCAGGCGUGCUCGUCAGCGUUUAG